ACGCCUGCUGGCCAGUCCCAGAGACACCAAGACAACACAAGCACUGGACUUCUUCAUCCCUGACGCAUAGAUCUAUCUAUCUUCACAGCAAUCCUACUAACAGGUUCUGGUCAGGACGGGAUAUUAUUAUCCAUUUUCCAUACAGCGCGAGAAAAAAACAGCUGUUUUUUACGCUGGUGAGAAAGACAGAGAAAGGCAAAGUGAGGUAGAAAAAGAACAAAAACAACAACAUGGAUUUUUUAAACCACAACUACUUGAGCGCGCGCGCCUCCUACGACUACACCUUCAAUUUCUGGAACGACUACCUGGGCCUGUCCACGCUGGUGACGAAGAGCAACAGCAAGCGCGGCGCGGCCCCAGGUCCCAACUCCAUCACCGAGUCGCUGAAGGCCACGCUGGGCCUGGACGACCCGGCUCCGUGCGCGUGCGCCCAGCCGGACUGCUCGUGCUGCUGUUGCUGCUGCGCGCCCGCGAGCCCCCCGCCCGCCUCCCUGCUCGAGCUCAAGGAGCGCUUCUCUGUGCUGAGUCCGUUCGGCGCGCGGCUGGAGCGGGACGCGGCGUUCGGUGGAGGAGGUGGAGGUUGCGGCGGAGGAGGAGGCGGUGGCGGGUGCGGCGCCCUCGCGGGGCUUGAGCUCUUCGGCGCCGAGCGCAAGGCGAGGAGACCAGCGGCGCGCGCCAAACAGGAGCCCAAGAUCUGCGUGUUCUGUCGGAAUAACGGCGCGCCCGAGGAGGUGUACGGCUCGCAUGUGCUGAAGACGCCCGAGGGCCGCGUGGUGUGCCCGAUCCUGCGCGCGUACACCUGCCCGCUGUGCAGCGCCAACGGCGACAACGCGCACACCAUCAAGUACUGCCCACUGUCCAAGGAGCAGCCCGCGCAGAGGGCGCUGAAGGGAGGGAGGGCGGUGGGGGGUAAGCGCGUGAAACUCUUCUGAAGUGAGCCGUCUGCGUGCACCUGAGUAUAUCCAACCUCCAUUUAUUGCACUGAACGUUUUAUUGUUUUUCUCUUUCCCCCCUUUUUUUCUUCUCUAUAUCCUUCUUGAUCUUCUACUUGAUCUUCUUCUCGAUCUCCUUCUUCAGAUGAUGACUGUUCUGAUUGCGGCUUAUUCCGAGUCUUACCUGCUAGCCUACGGGAUUUAUUAAACAAAUAAGAUAUCAAUGUUUUCUGUUAAAGAAAAAAAACGUAUAUUUUUAUAGAUGCUUUAUUUCCAUAGUUUAUUGUAUACUUUAUUCAUAAAGAAUGAUAUUUUUCCUUUUUCACACUUUAGUUUUUAGAUGUUUAUUAGUUGAGAGAGUCACGAAUAUUCAUAUUCAAUCACGUUUCUGAGUGACAAGUGUUUUUUUUAGGGAUGCACCGAAGCGAAACGUUUGGGCUAACUGAACAAAAUGAAAUAUUUGGCCACUGUUUCACUAUUGCAUAUAGUCUAAAUGUAUUUUGUUUUGCUAUUCAAAUGAAAGGCAAUUACAAUUUGAACAUAUUGGUUUAACACUGAACAUUUUAACAUCCCAGCAGACAAACCAACAAAGCACAAAAAUAUAUAUUUUGUUCAGUAUAAAUUAUACAGUCUUUUCACUUAUAAGGUCAAACACAAAAAGCGUUUUUUUUUUUUUUGCCUUUUUCAAUAAAUUCGGUUGCUGCACAUUUGGUGCAUCCCUAGUUUUGUUAUUGUUGAUGUUUGUUUGUUUGUUUGUUUAUUUGUUUGUUUACUGUUUGUUUAUUUCCACGGGCAAACAUGAAUGUUAGCAUAAACACCAGAGGAGCUGCUCUUCUGUCAGCCUUGAAUAUUUUUUUAGUUUCUUUAGUUUGUUCUUUAUUGUAAGCUAAGCUUACGCCUUGUGUCGUCUUUCAAACCAAAGUUACGUUAAGUUUGCCAUAAAGCGAGCUUGAGAAUGUUCCCAGUUCCCAGUUUUCCAGGCCCUGCCAUAUUCUACUGAAGUUUCAUCAAGUGGGAUGAGGUGGCUCCAUUCCGUUUCCUCCCAGAAUCCACCACGCGCUUUCCUUCCCACCCAGGAGGCUGACAUUUAAUACGCGCAAGGGAGGGAAAAACACACAGAAACAGUGAGAUCAGAAACACAAUGGGGUCUCUGUUGCUCAUACAUUGGACUCUGCAUAACUUCAUAAUCAAUAGAUAACCCAGCCAAAUUAGCCCAUUCCCCAGUCCUACUGACCGUAUGGUAUGCUACCCUUCCAGUUCUGAGAUAACUGAGAUAACUGAAAUAUAUUCCUAUAUAGUCUUUAUAAGGCCAAUGUGAGGUGCCCUUCUAAUGUUUACACCCCGAGCAAGGGGAACACACACACUGGAGAACAUAUAGUCUUAUGUUGUGGGCACCUUAUAUGGGAUGUGCCCUUCUCUACCAUUCUCUUAAACUUGACCUUUUUAUAUCCCACCCAAAAGCAUGGCAAGCAAGCUGUGGGGGAUAUAAAGCAGCGGGUGGGUUAUAAAAGAAUGCAGUCUGAAAAAAAAAACACAAAAAAACAAAGGGUCAGUGGUGGAACAGCACGAAUGAAUGUUCUUAAUUGAAACAAAAAAAACUUUUUAUUGUGUUGUUGUUUUUGUAAAACAAUGCAUUUGCCCCCUAUUUUGCAUUAUGUAAAGAAAUGAAUCCAAAAAAAAAGAAAAAAAAAGAUGCAAAAAUGUUGUGAAUGUACAAUUGACACUUGCAGGACUGCACGUCUCUGACCAUUACGUUUACCAAAGGAAUUGAAUUUUAAUGAAGUAAAGAACAUAGAUUUGCUGUAUUGUAAAUAAAACAAAAAACUCGAGUGAUGUCUAUUCAGUAUUUUAACAUUUAAAAAAGUGACUUCAGAGGGUACUACCUCAACAGGAUUUUGUACUUACAUGUAAAAUGUCAACAGCAGUUUAUUAAUAUAGCGCUGCCGUUUAUAAUAAGGGUUUUUAAUAGUAUUUUUGAUCUUUGUAUAACAUAAUUGUAUUUUUCUUUUCAUUGCAUUCUACAUAUGGAAGUGGAAUUCCAAUAAGCUCUUAGCAUUGUUUGCCAAUAGAUGAUGGCUGUAUAUAAUGACAAUAUCAUACUUUUUUAAGUUGUUCAAUGUUACAUUCUUGGAGAGUGAAAGAGAAUGGAAAUAUGUUGAAGACUUUAGACAAUUUGCCACUUUUAACUGAGGUUUGUAAUUAUAUUAAAUGAGGAAAACAAAAAAAGAAACACUGUUGAAUUUUGUUAUUUAUAUUUUGUCACAAUUCCCUGUAAGCUGCUGUGCAGAGAUAAACGAAAUGAAAUGCCACAGAGAAAUAAACAGCUUAUCAAAUAUUUUA